AUGGUUUCCCUAACAGAAACUGAAUUUAUCGAAUUUGAUGCCAGUGGUAAAUGGAACCAGGUGUUUGAGAGCUUAAAAAAUGAAGCUUCACUCACAUCAGUUGAUGAGGAUUUUACCACCAAAGAUGCAAGAGAACCAGAUAAUCAGCACAAGAACCGCUACAAGGAUGUUAGUCCAUAUGAUCACAGCAGAGUCAGACUUUGUGGAGAGGAUGACUAUAUUAACGCCAGCCUUAUUGAAGUUCCAGAAGCAAACAGAAAAUACAUUCUUACUCAGGGCCCAUUAGAGCAUACCAUGGGGGACUUUUGGAAAAUGACAUGGGAACAGGGGACAAGAGCCAUAGUGAUGCUGAACAGAGUCAUCGAAAAAGGCACG